AUGAACAGUGGCCUUAUCACUUCUUCUGAGCUCACUGUUACCUCCACCUCGGUACUGAGACCUGUUCUCUCUUCAAGUUCGCUUGAUCGCCCCUCGAGUCUGUCGUCGUUAUCAGCCAUAUCGCAUUCGUCCACCGUCGCCUUUUCGAACCUUUCUUCAGCGAACACGUUUUCAUCCGCUUUUUCUCCAAGUCUGUCUCCAUCAUCGGGAAAAGAACUUUCGUCCACGUCGGACCCUCCCGUCGUGAAAACGCCGAACUUACCAGAGCUACCCUCGUCAACGUCAUUAUCCGAGAGUCUUGGUACCACGAUGUCAUCUACACCUCACACCACUGAAAAGGACGAUAGUCAGGCCGACACUCCGACUACAAGCUUUCACAAUAGUUCAACUUCAGUCUCUGAAAGCUCGAAGAAGACAGCAUCUGAGACCUCGAGCACCGUCGCUCCACGUCCUACCCAGUCGUCCGAAAGUCACACGAUUACCUCUAAUACCACACGAUCAUCCACCAACCUUAGUUUUACUAACUCCUUCACAACCAGUACUACAACUUCAGUCAUAUUUGCCAAAGGAACAGAACCCUCGACAACUGUGGUUAGCACAAUUACCGAAUCUCCAGAGUCAACCUUUAAGAGUGCUGUAGGGGUCGUUGUCACCCAGUCUGACGGACAUACAACGCUCUCUUUUCCUCCUGUGGUGACUGUUUUGAGCACUUCUCUACUGUCCAAUGGUUCCUAUGUUACGUUCACUCACGCAGUCGCCAAUCCAACGGGAGCUGAUCAGGCGAAUGGAGGUACAACUAGCAAGGGUUUUCUACAGAAUCACGGCGCUGUCGCAGGUGUCUUCCUUGCCGUGGGCGUGAUCUUAGCAUCCUUGGCCGGCUGUAUUUUCAUCCUAGUACGCAGACAGAGGAGAAGGAAGAGUCAGAGUUCCACUCAUGAAGAUAUACAAAGCCUACCACAAACGCCCCGGUACACGGACGAUCCUUUUGAAGACCACCCUCAAAUGGCUGUAGUUGAUGGAGGCAACAGGGUUUCAAUGCGAAGCCCUGACCGAUUACAGCUUGAUGAUGGUGGUCCAUUGAUCCCCUUAACACCGACUCGCCAAACCCCCCCUGUCCUGGUGGCUCCACCUGUACAACGCAAGCAACCUCCGGUAGACAAUGGGCCGUUCAGCGAUAGUAACGCUUUGAGCCCAAUCAAACAGAGAAUUGCUGUCGUCGUUGAUGACAACCCCAAUCGUCCCAGAUCUCCCCUUCAGGUUUCGAGACAGUCAACUCCGUCAUUAUAUCCUCCUACAGAUAACGACGAGUACGAGGACAUUGAUUUGGAUGGAUCCAUUCCUCCCGCUCAAGCACGGCCUCUCACCGACAGUAGUACUAAUACCAGCAGGCCAACUUCCGCCGAGAUUCAAUCAGUCCCAUUCACCGCCCCGCCACGGCCUCCUCGCUCGAUUCUGAGAGUGCCUUCGAAGGUAUACGAACCAAACACCCCGCCUCCUUCCGAGUCCAAUCACAGUUCCUCGGACUCACCCACUACUCCGGUAUCAGAACGCGCUUUCCAACCGGAACGCCAACUGCGACAAGUACGAUCGACCUCAAAAACAUUUGGAGAAGAUGUACUCACGCGACCGACGUUAUUAAACGUCCGUCCCCGAUCCAAAGGGCAAUGA